AUGUGCAGUGGCAAGCUGCAGACAGGUUUGCUGGUGGCUGGCUACUUUGUCUACCUGAUAGUGGGUGCAGCUGUGUUCCAGGCACUGGAGAGGACUGCUGAGAAGCAGGAGAAAAUAGCAGCUGCCCAGAUGAAGGAGGCUUUUCUGCAGAACUUCAGCCACCUCACAGUGGCAGAGAUGGAGCAGUUUAUGAAGAACCUGACUGAAGCCAUUCAGAAUGGUGUAUACCCUGUUGGAAAUAAAUCACAGACUGAAGACAGCAACUGGGAUUUCAGUAACUCCUUCUUCUUUGCAGGCACGGUUGUCUCCACAAUAGGUUAUGGCACGCUGCAUCCUAAAACUGCUGGGGGCCAGAUCUUCUGUGUCUUUUUUGCUCUGUUUGGAAUCCCUCUGAAUAUUGUUUUUCUGCACCGUGUCGGUAAGAUGCUCUCACUGCUGUGUAAAAAGCUGGGGAAAUUCCUGUACGAGAAAGGAAUGAGAAAGAAGAAGAUCAAAUUUCUGACCCUUUUGUUCUUCCUGGCAACGGGGAUCCUAUUUUUUCUGUGCUUGCCAUCACUCUUCUUCCAUAUAACAGAGGGCUGGUCCUACAGUGAAGGAAUUUACUUUGCAUUUAUCACCCUCAGCACCAUUGGCUUUGGAGAUUAUGUAGUAGGUAAACAGCCUGGCAGGAAUUACUUUUCCUACUACCGAACUCUGGUGGCCAUUUGGAUUCUUUUCGGCCUUGCCUGGAUUGCUCUCCUAUUUAAUUUAUUGACAACAGUACUAGAAGAUACUGAAAAAAUAAUUGUCAAGGAUCUCCAUCAAAUUGGAAAGGUGAGUAAGGACAAUGAAGCAAGCCAACAAAGAAGAUGCUGGCCUGCUGAAUUUAUUCUAGAAGAAGAACUACUACCACCACGUGCUGGAGGGGAUGCACAGAAAAUGGAGUCAUUAGCAGCAGAUUCUGAACACACAAAAAAAUGA